AUGGCCGCCACCAACGCCUCUGCUGUUCCGAACGCCGCGCCAGCCGCCGCGCUCCCAGCCCCGCCGCAUCCAGCCACCGAAAGACGCCCUUCUUUCAAAAACCUUUUGCAAGAAUGGGCUCAUAAGAACAAUAAGCAGCUGCCAGUUUACCAUCCUGAAUUGGAAGGUCAGGUGCAUCAACCUCAGUUCAGGAGCACCGUGGAGGUUGGUGGCGAGCGGUUUCGAUCACAACAUAGUCAUAGUCGCCGCAGGGAUGCAGAGCAGGAUGCUGCCCUAGUGGCAUAUGUGGAGUUGGCGGUAAAGAUAAUAGGUGUUGAUGCUGCUGCUGAUGAUGAUGAUGAUAAUGAUUUGCUUGGGCUGAUUGACCAGGAUGUGAUAUUCUGCAAGUCAAUUCUCAGUGAUUUCGCUGCUAAGACAAAAGCCACUCCGCCCACUUACUCUCUGGAUUGUGUAGAAGGAUUGGAACACAUGCCAUCGUUCAUUUCAUCUGUGUCAUUCGCUGGGAACAUUUAUACUGGUGAAGCUGCAAGAAAGAAGAAGGAGGCGGAGCAGAGGGCAGCUCGUUCUGCGGUCAUAUCUAUUUUAGCUACAAAGAACCCUUGUAUGCAACAAAUUCUGAGAUCAAAGAAACAACAAAUCAUUGCCAUCACAUCUGCUGGGAUCAACAAAGAAAUAGUUCUAAGCCAGGAAAACUGCAAUGCUGCCAUAAUUUCUGUCCCUCCUAUAACAUUUGUGCAUGCUGUUGGAGCUGUGGGUGCAACUGUUGAUCACGUAGUGAACAACAUUUCAGCAGCUGGUCCAUCUGGCCAAGCUGUAUCUGGGCUCAAACAAGCGUAAGAAGCACAUAACUGCAGAACUGGAUGUCAACCAU